UUUGAAGACCCUUCCUUUUCCUUUGACAGCUCUACCCUGUUUGCACUGUGAGCUCAGUCGAUGUUCAUUUUGAAGAUACUAGCACCAUGAAAAGGUUCAGGUACUUCUCCAACUCUCACAAUCUUGACUCCCUAUUAUCACAAUCCAGACCAUUAUUUCAUGCUCCCAUUUUUCUUCCCAAAACCCUAGCCUCGCAUGAGCCCUCUUCUGUUUGUACUUCAGCAGCCCCAUCUUCUCAAAAGUUGCAAUCUUUACAUUUGUACACGAGUGGUGUUGAUAAGGGCCUGUUCGUGAAUCUUUACUUGCUUAAAGAUCAAUAUCAUGGACGCUUUCAGGCAUUUUCAACUGCGUCUUCUGAUGCGUUCGAGCCUCCCUCGCCACCAGGAGCUUCAGGUUCUGAUAAGAAGCAUGGGUUGGGGAACGUGGGUAUUGAUGGGAUUGGACCGACUUCAAAGCAAGUUUUGGAAAUUGUUGGUAUGAUUAGAAGGGGUGAGAAUGAUUUGCCGUCCAAGUUGAAUUCGAUGAAUGUAAGUCUAUCUAUUGCCUACAUUGCUCAGAUUUUUCAGGUGUUGAAUUCCGAAAAAGUAUCUGCUUUGUGUUUGUUUGAUUGGAUUAAGAAUUCACAGCCCAUUAGUUGUUAUGGAAAUGAUAUUUGUAGCUUGGUUAUUGAUAAUUGUGGGCGGGUGGAUGAUUACCAUGCAAUGCUUCACAUUAUGAAUGACUUCCGAUCAGCGGGAAUUUGUCUCACACGGAAUGCAUUUGAGUUUAUAUCUGUUUCGUCAUCAAAGGAGGCUUCUGUUAUCAAAGUGGUAGAGGUAUUGAAUGAAGUUGGUGGAUCGUUUCGAUCCGUUGGUUUGCUCUCUUUGAUUGAGAUGCUCAGUGUCAAGGGUUCAUUUAAAAUGGCCGAGUUUGUGAUGAAAAUAACGGAGAGGAAGAGAUCUUAUUACAAUAUCAUGAUAAGAGAAAGUUGUCGGAGAAGAAAUUUUGGCAGAGCUAUUGAUAUGCUUGAUGAGAUGAGGCAAGUCGGUUGUGACCCAGAUUCCAAAACUUACAACUAUAUACUCAGUAGCUUAUAUAAGAACUACAAAUCUGCCGUAGCUACUAAACUGUUUGAACAAAUGUUAGAAAUGAAUUGUUCUCCUGAUGAAAUAACCUACGAAAUACUGAUUUGUUACUCAUGUAAAGUUGGAAAUUUUGAUUUUGCACGCAAGUUACUUGAUAGUAUGGUAUUGAAGGGCAUUAAACCUCGACUUACAUCGCAUGCAGCCUUUGUCAAGGGUUAUUUUAACUUGCGGAGAUAUAAAGAAGCAUAUGAGUAUGUUGUUGAUUCAAGUGUUAAAUACAGUUGCUUUAGCAAUUCAGUUUACAGUUUGCUUGCAAGGCUAUAUAUGAAUGAAGGAAAUGUAGUCAUCGCCCAAAAUAUUCUGAUUGACAUGAUUAAUAAGGGUCUUAAACCGGAUUUUGCAGUGUAUACAAAAGUUUUGAAAGAGCUCUCCAAGACAGGCAGAACAGGCUUGGCUGAAGAUUUGAGUAGCAGGUUCUGUAGUCUAGCAUGAAGUGGAUAAUGUAUUCCAAAAAUCCAUUGGUAUUUUAAUUUUAAUUUUGUUUGAUAUGGUUUAACUUGCAGUGUCUGUUUGUAUACUGGCCUCUUUGUCCUUUCCAGUUGAAGUGUUGAAUUCAGACUUCCAAUUGAUGAAGUGAUUUUUCAAAAGCAUUUCUGCUAGAGUUAAUGCAAAUCAGUUUAACUUUCU